CCGAGCUGAGGGGCAGUCACAGCUCCUGGCACCAUGUGGCUACUCGUGCCCCUGGCUUUCGCUGGAAAGGUGCUGAGCACCUGCAGGAAGCAGCUGAGCUCUCUGUGGGGCAGCCUGGUGCCCCUGCUCCUCUGGCUCAGGGCAACGCUCUGGCUGGCAGGGACUGAUGGGGCACAGACGCUGACGGAAAGGAAAGAACCCGAGGGGACCAAAAACCAGGAGGAGGGCAGCGAGGAUCAGUCCGUCAUCCCCACCAGCGUCAACUACCACUUCACCCGCCAGUGCAACUACAAGUGCGGCUUCUGCUUCCACACGGCCAAGACGUCCUUCGUGCUGCCCCUCGAGGAGGCCAAAAAGGGACUGCUGAUGCUCAAAGAUGCCGGUAUGGAGAAGAUAAACUUUUCGGGCGGGGAGCCUUUCAUUCACCAGCGGGGCGACUACCUGGGCAAGCUGGUGAAGUUUUGCAAAGAGGACCUCGCUCUGCCCAGCGUGAGCAUUGUCAGCAAUGGCAGUCUGAUCCGGGAGCAGUGGUUCCAGAGUUACGGUGAAUAUUUGGACAUUCUUGCCAUCUCCUGCGACAGCUUUGAUGAGCAAGUCAAUGUUCUUAUCGGCCGUGGUCAAGGAAAGAUAAACCACGUGGAAAAUCUUCAAAAACUGAGAAAGUGGUGUCGAGAUUAUAAAGUAGCCUUCAAGAUAAAUUCUGUCAUUAAUCGAUUCAACGUGGAAGAGGAUAUGAGGGAGCACAUUAAAGCGCUGAACCCUGUCCGCUGGAAGGUCUUCCAGUGCCUCCUAAUUGAGGGCGAGAAUUCUGGAGAAGAUGCCCUGAGAGAAGCAGAACGAUUCAUCAUCAGUGAUGAAGAAUUUGAAGACUUCUUAGAGCGCCACAAAGAGGUGUCCUGUUUGGUGCCAGAGUCGAACCAGAAGAUGAAAGACUCCUACCUUAUCCUGGACGAAUACAUGCGCUUCCUGAACUGUACAAACGGGCGGAAGGAACCUUCCAAGUCCAUCCUGGAUGUUGGAGUAGAAGCAGCUAUAAAAUUCAGUGGCUUUGAUGAAAAGAUGUUUCUGAAGCGAGGAGGAAAGUAUAUGUGGAGCAAGGCAGACCUCAGGCUGGACUGGUAAGGCUGACGGCGGACCGGCCUGUGGCCCAUGUGGAACUCUCACUCAGACUCAGCGUACCGCCUGCACCAUCCGCCAGGCUUCUUGGUGGCACUUCUCAGGGGCCCUAAAGCUGAUUUUCUGUUGCACUUGACAUCUGAUUCUCUGUGGUUACCGAACUCAUAACUUGGAUAAUCGAAUUCCAUAGACGAUGCAAAAUCCAUUAACUUUAAUUAAUUAGUUUAUUUUGGUACUGGUCUUUUGAGCCUUGUUUAAUAUGACCCCUGUAUUUCCACUUUGAAGUAAUUUUUUCCAGUUUGUUCAUAUGAUACUCAAAUGUUUUCUGCUAAAUACCGAAAUGCCAAUUUUCACAUCUGAAAAAAUUGCAAAAUCUCUGUCCCGAACAUUUCUACUUGUAAUGCUUUCCUUGUCUGCCCUUAUACCACUGCAAUCCUUGACUUUCUCCCCAGAAGUUCAGAAAUAGUCAACAGGUAUUUCAAAGGAUAAGAAACGAUAAUCUUAUCAGUCUUCAGUAAGUACCCAGGAGGACAAUGCAGGCCUGGAUGCUCAGGCGUGGCCCCUGGCCCACGCUGACUAUUCCGAGAAUGUUAGCUAUCUCCCUCGCUCUCUUUUCUCUUCCAAGAUUCUUAGCAAAACCAAGAUACACUUUUCAUUUCAUGGUGAAGUCGACAAGGGGGUCAGUGCUUGGGCAGCUGUGUGAACCUCUAUAUUCAAGCCACAUGAGUCUGUGAAGCAGAAAGAUGCGAGUUGACUUAAGUGGAUGGCUGUCCCCGUAUCUCUGGACUACCAUGAGCUGCUCCUGAAAAGCACCGGACACAGCCUGUAGGAAAAACUGUGUUAACGAGUGUAGAAUGCACUGGGUUUUUAUGUACAUAAAGCCGUGGCACAAUAUAACUUUUCCCAAUUAACUCCUACUCACUUGAAAUAAGGUUUAACCUUAUUUCAGAUUAGGUCAGAAAGACAAGGUCCAGUGCCUUUCUUUUCUAGCUCUAAUAAAGUGCUAAAGGAAAAUUGUGACUUAGACUAGGUCAGGGAACAGAGUCCUCUCUUUCUGGAAAUAAUCACAUGCCGUUUGUUUAUGUAACCUAGAUAGUAUCUCAUUGCCUCCAAAAUAAUAAUUUCCUGUCAUUGUUUCAAAAAAGCAAAAUCAUGGAAAAUUUUUUGCCCAAGCAAGAAAACUUUUAAUCCAGGUGCCAUUCCACUGUGCGUCACUAGGAGGCGCUUAAGGGUUGCCUGAUUGCAUUACACCACCAUGCGGAAACUCCACAAUCCGUGUUCAGGACUUGCUGGUUUUGAAAGGCUUGUUCUUUGUGAUUAUUUUCCUCAGAAGAGAUAGUCCUACUUCAAAUUUUAGGUCACUAUAAAUCAACUAAAAUGUGUUUUUGUCCCAUCGAGUUGUCAUGAAUUUUCAAAUUUAUAGUUUUACUUUUUAAGAGAAAAAUGAACUAGAAAGUUUUUUCCCCCCUAUGGAUUUUGAUAGCGUCUAAUCUAUGAUGAUGCUAACAUAAUCAGGAUAAACACAAAACAGGUUUUUUACUUAACACGAGUGUAUUUUGCUGAUUUUCACAUUAUUCAAUAAUAGUAAGUUCAAAAAGAAAGAUCACAUAAUGUGAAAUCACCGAAGACAUUGCCUAGUAUACAGCAAGUACUCAGUCAACAUUAUUUGAAACAAAAUCCAAAUCGGAAGCCCAGGUCCUCUGAGUCAGAGUGAAUUUUUCUCAAGCUGAGGGAAACUAUAUUUCUCUUUCCCCAAAGAGAAAUAUAACACAGAACAAAACAAACAAAAAAAAAGCUGCACUUAAGAAAUAAGCUACAGUAUUUUAAAUACGUUAUCCAGUUCCUUUAUACAUUAUCCAGUUCCUUUUAUACUAUCAUCUCCCUUCCUUAUGCACUAUCAAGAUUUGCAAAGCCUUAAUGUUUAAACUAUUCAAAUGUUAAUUCUUCUUCAAGGGGAGAAACAAAGACUUUUAGCAUUGCCAUAAAAUUCAAAUUUGGAUUCUAUAACAUUUUGCUUUAUUUUUUUCAGUUUUAAAUGUGAGUCCUCAGUUUUAUGAAAUAUGUUCCUUUUUUAGGGAAAACAAAGGAUAAUUUCAUAGAGGUAGCUCAAUUUCAGUGUGAAGGGCGAAUAUUUCGUGGCACCUUUAAUUAUUGCUUAAGUCUACACUGUAACAACGUCAUUGGAAUUUUGUCUUAAGAAACAUAGAUGCGUCAGAUAUGAGUAAUUGCAUAUUGGAUUUAAAAAGUGCGAAUCAUCUCCGUUAUUUAGUGAUAAAUGAUAUGAAAGUUACCUGUUUUCUUUUAAGUGUAAAGAUGAGUGAGAUCAUUUGACUGAACCAUCUGAAAUGUAGGCUCCUGUCUAUUCCUGUCUGGAGUUUGGAAUCGAGUCGUUGGGUCCCUAGAUCCUAACAAAGUUGCAAUAGACCUCUAUCAGGCAAUAAUGGAUUGUGUGGGCUACCCCCUUGUUGAAAGGACUAUUUAAUCAACUAUGAUUUGAGAAAGACAAAUGAAGCUGCAAGAUUUUAAGGCUUUGUCUUGAGUGUAUAUAGGACGUCUGAAUUUUGGGAGGAUAAUCUGUAUAUAUUUUUUCUGUAUAUAUGAUGCUCUUAAGUAUUGGUUUGAUGGGUCGUCAGACAUUAUAAUAUAUUAAAGUAUGUUUUGC